GAAAUAUUGUCAUUGUCAAUCUGGAUUUUGGGUCCGUGCAGUAAAUGGUGAGCUGAAAGUCACCUCUGUCAAGACCGUGCACAACCAUCCUUGCACAGAAGGAUAUAUUUCUGUAGAUCCUUCAAGAAGAAAGUUGACGUCAAGUGAACGUCUAUAUUUAAGAACUUUUCUAAUGAGUAAUACGCCGACUCGUAGUUUACGGCAUCUGGUUUCUUGGAAGUUCCAUAAACAGCUUACCAAGGAUGAUAUCUGUAAAAUGCGUUCACAGUUGUACCCAGGUUGUUGAACUCACAUUGUAAUUAAUUGAGAUUAGACACCAAAAAUAUCAAUAACAUUUUACAGCGCGUUCAAGCAAACACUGAAGUUAAAGUACUCAGUGAACAUGGAAACAUAUCUAUGAUUUGCUUCAGUCGCAGGGAGCAGGUAUCUAUUUACCACGCGUUCCCAGAGGUGGUAUGUAUUGACUCGACUUAUCAGACCAACAAAGUUGGGUAAGUAACGAAUAGCAAUUAAUUCAUCUUACAGUUUUCCACUGUUCCAGCUAGUGGUGACUGAUAGUCUUGGGCAAGGGCACACUGUUAUGUAUGCUCUUUGCAGGCAAGAACGACGAGAAGAUGUCGUAAAAUUAUUGGAAUGCUUCAAAGAUAUAAUGUGCUGUACUUAUGAUACACGCACUUUUGUUAUGGAUUCGGCAGCAACCGAAAUUUCAGCAGUGCAGUCUACGCACAAUCAUGCCGACAUAGUACUUUGUUCAUUCCAUGUCUUAAGAGCAUUUUUCAGGAAGUUCCGAAAUCCUGAUGUACGUAAAUGCUUGGAACACCUUGUAAAGACUAGACGGUCUGAUAUGUGAGCUUCGUUUUUCGGUGCUACGACAAGGGUAUGAUGUAUGUUGUUGAUACUUCACGUGCACGAUGUGCUUGUGAGCGUUUCAAUGACUACAUGCUACCCUGUGGUCAUAUUCUGUAUGCACAUUCUAAAGAUCUAAUAAGUGGAGACUUAUUUCGACAUAGCAGCCGGUGGACAAGGAAAUAUAUAAUGGACUUGGUUCUUCGUGCGCUCGACAACAUGUCAAUCUCUACCGGGAGUGAUGAUCUGCUAGAGAAGUUCACUAACAACUACCACUCAAUCCAUGCUCUUAGUGAACCCUUGGCAAGUAAACUCAUCCGUUCAUGCUUCGAAGCAUCUGAAGACAUAUGCGCACAAGUGAUGAGUUCAAUCGGUGCUAAUGAUGAAGCUACAUCGUCAAAAUCCAUUGUUAACACUGACCAUAGCUAUGCUUCUUGAUGACAAGAAGUUCUAAUAUUGUAAUCUUUUUAGUUUUACAUAAAUUCAUUUAUAUGGG